AUGGCUCGCAUUUAUGAUCCUGAAAAUCCGGGUUACGAUGUGGUGUUGGUAGGGCUAUUGGCCCCAUUACUUCUGAUGCAACUCGGGUACCCAGAUAGCAUAACGGCCCAUACGGUGGACGAUAACCGGCUGGGAUUGAGACAGGUUCUAAACAUUGGAGUUACGGUUCUCAUCAUGGUUUGGAUUCUGAUUCGCUGUUGGGAAGGCUCGUCCCCCGUCUCAAGACUGUACUUUCCCUUGUCCGUGGUCGGAAUCAUGAAGCCAGUGGGGUGGGUCUGGGCUCUCCAAUCCGUGUAUGAUGAGGACUCGAGCGUGACCGCUGAGGACAUAACGGAACAAGCCAGCAUUCAACGAUUGUUCGAAGAGUUCCCCCAGGACGAGAAGUUGAAUUCCGCAAAGGAUAUCUUAAAGGCCUAUUUCCGGUUUGAUUGUUUGAAGCCCCACCUCGUGAACUGGCUGUACCACCCUCAGUUCAUAUCCCACGAUUGGAUGUCCAUCGACAGUCACACCGCCGACCACGCUUUCUCCAUAACCGAGAUCGAGCUAAACUUCAUGUACGACGUGCUCUACACUAAAGCGCCCAUUCUGUACACUAGUAUGGGCCUCAUAGACCGCUUCUUUGGCUUCUUCUGCUUGGUGUCAGCCUUGUGUGCUUUUGCCGUGAUCUUCAGGAGUGCCUUCUUGAUCGAUAUGUACAUCACCUAUACCUACGCUUUACUGAUGGCAGUCACAUCUCUUGAGCUUUAUCAAAUAUCCAUGCUGUUGUUUUCGGAUUGGGCAGUGGUGAAGAUGAGUAUGAAUCUUAAGGUGCGGCUCGUCCGAAGGCUCCUCCCAUUUCUAGCCAAAUGGUGCAUGAAGCAGAGAAGAUGGUCAAGGUCGGUAGGGCAGCUCAAUUUGUUAGACCACCGCCUCUUGUGCAAAGAAUUUCCGAAGCUCAUUGCCACGGUACUUGAUUGGUUUGAGAAAAGGGAGAUCGUCAGGAGGUACUGGUUACACUCCCGCCAGCCCAUCCCCUCGUCCCUCAAGGUGAUGGUUGUUCAAAAAAUGGCAGAGCUAGAGAAGCAAAGACACCUCCUGCCCUUCACAGAAAGAGGCAAGUGGACGCUCGAGACUCACGACAUCCAAGAGAAACAAGGACUGAGCAGUAGCAUUAAGACAAGAUUUGAUAGGAGCAUCAUUAUAUGGCACAUUGCAACAGAAAUCCUGCAUAGAUUGGAAAGUGAGUACUCCGAGGCUUGUAGAGGAAGCAAACUCCUAGCGGAUUAUAUGAUAUACCUCCUGGCUCUGCAUCCUUACAUGUUGUCCCUCACCACUGCCGACAUCACGCUGGAGUACGUUUGUCGCACACUGUCGCCUUUCUUGAGGUACCAAGAUGAUAAAAAAGCAAUUAGCAUACUGUCCUCCCUAGAUGGAGAUCUUCCACCCCUAGUCAAACAAAGUAAGGAGACGUGGAUCACUCGCGACUGGGACGUGUUGUCGGAGGUGCAGAAGCUCGUGGUCGACUUGAGGAUGAUGGACAACAAGUGGGAGAUCAUCAGUAGCAUCUGGGUGGAGAUGCUAUGUUAUGCAGCGCACAACUGUCAAGUGUAUCACCAUGCCAAGCUGCUGAGAAGAGGAGGGGAGCUCAUCACUCACGUGUGGCUCCUCUUGGCUCACAAGACUGACAAAUACCAUUCAAGCAUUGGCGGGCUUCCAAAAGAUCUUGCCGCCUUAACCAAGUCUAGCACCUGGGCAAAAGGUUCUUCUAGCUGGUUCCAGAAGAUGUUCGGGAAGGAACUUCACAAGGGCGUUGGCCUCCGCACGCGGAUUCUACCGCGAUCUUCCCCAUUGCUCGGAAUUUCUACCUGGGUGACAGCGCUGGAUUCGGACCGGACAGAGGGGGCUCACGGCCAACCGGGGCUCAGCCUGAAUCGGGUCUCGCCCAGCCCUGUGGUGCUUGGGCAGGCCUCCAUCGCCACUGCUCGAGCUUGCGACAGCCAUUCAAGCUCUGAACUAGAGCCUACCACGGUCAUUCAAGCUCUGAAACAGAGCCUCCGUGACAUUCGAGUUUUGUCUGGAGUUGGCUAUGACCCUAGAUUCUCCAUGGCCGACCUUGAUCUCGAUGGAGGGGUUCAGUCUGCCAUGAUCGACCUCUAA